UUUCGCUUUUCUUUUUACUUUUUUUUUUUACGUAAACUGGGAUAAAUUCUGCUCAUGGCGUUCAGGUGAAGAGAUGCUGAAUGUUUUGGAACAGUAAUCAAAUAUUAAGCUUCAACUGUUUAAUAAAAUCGUGCCCACUUCAUGGGUAAUAAUAUCUUUUAAUUAAAUUAUUAUGUUUUGACUCCCUUUUUAAUGCUUUCAAAUUCCCGAUCAAGUUGUGAAACCAUUCUAUUUAAUCUACAAUGUAACUUUUACAAUUCGAUCUGUGAAUUCUUGUGUGCAACUUGAGGAAUGCGAAGAAGAUAAGUGCUGAUGAACUUCUGUUGUAUAUUUCCACCAUGAGCAAACUGCCCUCUGUAUUUUACACCGUUGAAGUGGGUGAUACGAAAUUUACAAUCCUAAAGCGUUACCAGAAUCUGAAACCCAUAGGAUCUGGUGCGCAAGGGAUUGUAUGUGCUGCUUUUGAUACUGUAACGGAACAGAAUGUCGCUAUUAAAAAACUUAGUCGACCUUUUCAAAAUGUUACUCACGCAAAGAGGGCGUAUAGAGAAUUCAAACUUAUGAAAUUAGUGAAUCAUAAAAAUAUAAUUGGUCUUCUGAAUGCAUUUACACCUCAAAAAACUAUGGAGGAAUUUCAAGACGUUUAUCUUGUUAUGGAACUGAUGGAUGCCAAUUUGUGCCAAGUUAUACAAAUGGAUCUAGAUCAUGAAAGAAUGUCUUAUUUGCUCUAUCAAAUGCUUUGUGGAAUCAAACAUCUACAUUCAGCUGGAAUUAUACACAGAGAUUUGAAGCCGAGCAAUAUUGUAGUGAAAGCAGAUUGCACCCUUAAGAUUCUUGAUUUUGGUUUAGCUAGAACAGCUGGGACCACUUUCAUGAUGACGCCCUAUGUUGUGACCAGGUAUUACAGAGCUCCUGAAGUCAUUUUGGGAAUGGGUUAUAAGGAAAAUGUGGAUAUCUGGUCAGUGGGAUGCAUUAUGGGUGAAAUGAUUAGAGGCACUGUUUUAUUCCCUGGAACUGAUCAUAUCGAUCAGUGGAAUAAAAUAAUUGAGCAGCUUGGGACUCCCUCAUCAGAAUUCAUGAAACGCUUGCAACCGACCGUACGGAAUUAUGUAGAAAAUAGGCCUAAAUAUGCCGGCUAUUCAUUUGAAAGACUAUUUCCUGAUGUUUUAUUUCCUGCCGAUAGCUCAGAACAUAAUAGGCUUAAAGCAAGCCAAGCUCGGGAUUUACUAUCAAAAAUGCUCGUCAUAGACCCGGAAAGGAGGAUCUCUGUUGAAGAUGCUCUUCUGCACCCUUACAUUAAUGUAUGGUACGAAGAGAGUGAAGUGAAUGCUCCUGCACCUGGGCCAUAUGACCAUUCUGUUGAUGAAAGAGAGCAUACUGUUGAGCAGUGGAAAGAACUAAUAUACCAUGAAGUAUUGGAAUAUGAGCAGACUCACAAUACACUAGGAUUAGGCCGUCCAAUUACUGCUCACCACAAUUCUCAGCCUGAUGGUGCAAUAGAUGAAGAUUGUCCAGAUGAAUCUGAUCAAGCAGCCUCUAAUGGACCUGCAAAUCCAUAUGGUCAUCGUAGAUAGACACACUUCUUUCCUUUUGUCUUAGUCUAUGACUGCCACGCCCACCGUAUGUAGGGUUCUGUACAAACUAGUCGCCAGUGGACGAUACUCCGUCUUUGAUCCUGCCAGAAGCGUCGGCCGUUUGCUAAGACGGACGUUCAAUUUCCCAAGUCAUUUAGCAAGGACUUUCUUUACUGGAAAACGUGUUAUGUCGACACUUAAACAACUUAACUUGUGAUGGUUCUGCAAGUCAGAGUACACAUUUGUAUAUUUCGUUAUUAGUAUAGUCCCUCUAAAUAAGCUCUCAAUAGUAUUUUGACACCUUUAAUAUUAAGAUAAGUAUGGAGGUACAUUUUGCUUUUUCAACUAUUUUGAUGACUGGAGAAAAUUUUGAAAAAUACGAUGUCUUUAUAUUAACACCAUUCGUGUAAAACUAAUUUUUUACUGCUCUUUAAACAGGGUUGGCAUGAUUUAUAUAAAUGUUUCUUUUUUUAGAACAUCAUUAGUUUAAAUAAACUUUUUUUUUUUUUGCAUCAAUUUAAGACAAAAACAUUUUCCCCCACCAAUAUAAUAUAUGGGUUUAUUUUUAAGAUGGAAGUCUUAAUUUUAUUGAUUAUGAUGGUUUUAUCCAGAGAAAUAUUUAAAACAGUAAUGUAUUGUAAAUUAUUAUCUGAUGUUAAAAAUAGAACAAUAAGUAAACUGAUAAAUCUAAAUAAAAAUGGCAAGAAACUUUGAAAUUAUAUAUUCCAUUGUCUGUGUAUCAAACAAUUUGCUUUUAGUAAGCAUAUUUCAAUCUAUUAAAUCUAAAUAGGUAUGUAUUUAGAUUUAAUUAAUUUAAAUACAAGUAUUUUUUAAAUUUAUAAAGUAUAUUAUUAGUGUAUCUAAAUAAUAAAUUUAAUUAGGUACUAUUCAUGAGGGUGCUGAGCUUGAAUAAAAAUUAUGAUUUUAUUCAGUGGUUAAUUUAUAGUAAUUAAAUAAUAAUUUAAAAAAUUUUAGUUGAAAACAUUAUAUUUUUUAGCUGUAAAAUUUUUUAUGAAUAAUAUUAAAUAAUUAUACUUUUUUUAGAGGUAAGAGUUAUCUUUCUUUGCCUUAGAAAACUAAAAAAUUCAAGAAAAUAUGAUGAAAAAAAAAGUUUUUUUUUAAACAGAAAGUAUGAUAUUUACCAACCUUGUUUUUGAAUAAUAUGUUUGUUUUAAUAAGCAUUUGGCAUAAAAUUGUUUUCUCUUAAAAAGAAUUUGUUUUCAAUGACUUGUUCUUCAAUAAAAUCCACCUUUUUAAUGUUCCAGUUAUUUAAAAAAUAAUUUUUGUUUAAUUUUCUUACUCUCUUUAAACUUUACUUGGUUCUAAAAUAUAAAUUGUCAGUUUUAAAAUGGAUCAAAAUAUUGAAAGGGUAGGUGUAUCACCCAUGUUAAACUUUUGAAAAAUUAAAAUACUAUUGAGUGUUAUUGUAGUUUUGAAAACCUUCAUCUGACGGGAUUUGUAUACUAAUUGCGAAAUACGGUUAUGAUUUGUAGAAGACAUGUCAAAAGAAUGAUUCGACUGUGGCUGAGUUCAGUGAAAAAAAAAAAAAAAACAAACAGAAAAAAAAAGCUGUAUUUGGCUUGUCUUUUUUAUAUGCAUUAAUUUAGCAGGUCUAAAGCUAAAUGAAUGCUGUGUUUUACUUUUGAAAAAUAUUUAUUUUGUUGUGUUUGUUUUCUAAGAUGAAGUCAGUAUGGUAAGUGUGAAAUGUGUGAUUCAGUAUUGGUUCAAAAUACACUAUUCAUUUAAGAGGAAUUAACUAAAACCUGUAUUACUCAUGACUAUUUUUUUUUUAGAAAAAUAAUUUAAAUUUUAUCAUGAUACCUUUUAAAAACGAAAAUUAUACUGAAGCUUUGCAUUGUGUGGCAGCUGACUCCUUUUUUUAAAAAAAAAAAAUUUUCAUUUUAAAAAAUUUGUUUUUAACUGCCUGUUUGUAGUCAUCAGUAAUGUAUUGCACUUAAAUUGUAAUAUUGAAUGCUUUUUCCCUGAAUAAUCUCCCUUUCUUUAUAAUUGCCGUAAUUUUACAAAUAAAAAUUUGUUAUUCUGAUAUUGUUUUAUUAGUGUGUACAUAUGUAAUCAGAAUAUGAUUAAAAAAGUUUUUUUAUAA